CGCAUCCCAUCUCGCUCGGCGUUGACGCGCGGCGCGUGCACGCCGGAGGAAGCUGCUCGGCGGCGUAAAGGCGAGAGGAGGUUCGACGUGAAGUGACGCGACGUGACGCGAGGCGAACGCGACGUGACGGCAGGGACUGCGGACAGAAGCGGUCGUCGCCUCCCCUCCCCGGAGAACGGACGUUAUUAUACUCCCCCCCCCACACAUGACCGGGACGUCGGGGCGGUGGAUUGUGGCUCGCAUGUCCGGACGCACUACGCUGGUCUCGGGCUGACUUGUUGGCUCCGACCCGUCGGAGGGCAGCGGCGGACCGGAGGCGGCUCGGCUGGAGGAGGUUGGGAUGUCCUGAGUUCCUACUAGCUGGCCCCAGGGAGCGCCGUGCUGAUGGGACCGGCUCUGCCACCAUGAGCUUACAAGAUGGCAGCUGCAUUUACGCCAGCAGCGCCAACAUGGCCGCCGCCAGCGGCAGCAUGCGGCGGCGCCUGGAGGACCAGGAGUUUAACCUGCGGGUCUACCCGGGCUCCCUGGCAGAGGGCACCAUCUACUGCCCUGUCAGUGCCCGCAAGAACACCACGGCAGCCGAGGCCAUCGAGUGCCUCAUCGAGCGGCUGCGCCUGGAGCGGACCAAGUGCUACGUGCUGGCCGAGGUGAAGGAGUUUGGCGGCGAGGAAUGGAUCCUCAAUCCCGGCGACUGCCCCGUGCAGCGUAUGAUGCUGUGGCCCAGGAACGCCCUGGAAAACCGUGGCGGCCUGGGUAGCGGUGACGAUUACCGCUUCCUGCUGCGGGAAAAGAACCUGGACGGAUCUAUCCACUACGGCGGCAGUCUGCAGAUGUGGCUGAGGGUGACCGAGGAGCGCCGUCACAUGGUGGAACGGGGUUUCCUCCCACAACCUGCAGGAAGCGAUCCCCCGACGGAUCUCUGCGCUCUCCCGGAACUCACGGAGCGCGCCCUUUUGGAGAGUCUGCGCGCACGUUUCCGCCAAGAGAAGAUCUACACGUACGUCGGAAGUAUUCUCAUUGUGGUCAACCCCUUCCAGUUCCUGCCCAUAUACAACCCCAAGUACGUCAAGCUCUACGACAACCACGCGCUGGGCAAGCUGGAGCCGCACAUCUACGCCGUGGCCGACGUGGCCUAUCAUGCCAUGCUUCAGCGUCGCAAGAACCAGUGCAUCGUCAUCUCAGGCGAGAGCGGAUCUGGCAAGACGCAGAGCACCAACUUCCUCAUUCAUCACCUGACCGCCCUCAGCCAGAAGGGCUUCGCCAGCGGUGUGGAGCAGAUCAUCCUGGGGGCUGGGCCUGUGUUGGAGGCUUUCGGGAACGCCAAGACAGCCCACAACAACAACUCCAGUCGCUUUGGCAAGUUCAUUCAGGUCAACUACCAAGCCAGUGGCACUGUCAGAGGGGCCUAUGUGGAGAAGUACCUGCUGGAGAAAUCCCGGUUGGUCUACCAGGAACACAAUGAAAGGAACUACCAUGUCUUCUACUACCUGCUCGCCGGAGCCAGCGAGGAGGAGAGGACCUCUUUCCACAUGCUCAAACCUGGGGAAUACCACUACCUCAACCAGAUGACAACGAAAUCCCACAAACGCCACUGGGACUGUUACUGUGAGAGCGAGCUGCAGGACUGCUUCAGCGUGGAGGGCGAGGACCUGAAACACGACUUUGAGCGUCUGCAGCUCGCCAUGGAGAUGGUCGGCUUCCUCCCUGCCACGCGCAAACAGAUCUUCUGCCUGCUGUCGGCCAUCCUCCACCUGGGAAACAUUCGCUACAAGAAGAAGACGUACAGAGACGACUCCAUUGACAUCUGCAACCCUGAGGUCCUCCCCAUCGUCUCGGAGCUGCUGGAGGUUAAGGAGGAGAUGCUGCUGGAGGCGCUGACCACCAGGAAGACAGUGACAGUCGGCGAGAGGCUCAUCGUUCCCUACAAACUUGCAGAGGCAGGAACGGUGAGAGACUCCAUGGCCAAGUCAUUGUACAGCGCGCUCUUUGACUGGAUCGUGUUCAGAACCAAUCACGCUCUGCUCAACAACAAGGACUUGGAGGACAACUCGAAGGCCUUUUCCAUUGGCGUGCUGGACAUCUUCGGCUUCGAGGAUUAUGAAAACAACAGCUUUGAACAGUUCUGCAUCAACUUUGCCAACGAGCGACUGCAGCACUACUUCAACCAGCACAUCUUCAAACUGGAGCAGGAGGAGUACCGAGCCGAGGGCAUCACCUGGCACACCAUCGACUACAUCGACAAUAGCUGCUGCAUCAACCUCAUCAGCAAGAAACCCACUGCCCUCUUCCACCUGCUGGACGAGGAGUGCAACUUCCCUCAGGCCUCCAAUCAGACCUUAUUGGACAAGUUCAAGCGUCAGCAUGAGGGAAACACCUACAUCGAGUUUCCGGCCGUUAUGGAACCCGCCUUUAUCAUCAGGCACUACGCCGGGAAAGUCAAGUACGGCGUCAAGGACUUCCGAGAAAAGAACACGGACCACAUGCGUCCGGACGUGGUGGCUCUGCUGAAGAGCAGCAAGAACGCCUUCAUCUGCGGCCUGAUGGGAAUCGACCCCGUGGCGACGUUCCGCUGGGCCGUCUUGCGCGCCUACUUCAGGGCCCUGGUGGCUUUCAGGGAGGCCGGCCGCAGACACACGCACACGAAGACGGGGAAUGAUGCCGCCGUCUCCUGUCCCGCCAUCAAAACAGUCGACAGCUUCAGUUUCCUGCAUCACCCGGUUCACCAGAGGAGCCUUGAGAUCCUUCAGAGGUGUAAAGAUGAGAAAUACAGCAUUACCAGGAAGAAUCCCCGCACUCCUUUGUCAGAUCUUCACGGCACCAACACAGCGAACGACAAAGCCAGCUGGGAUGGCUGCAACGGUCGCAGUCCGAGGUCGGGCCGCCUGUCAGCAGGAAGUCCCGCCCUAGGAGAGGACGGCAUCUUCAUCAACUCGGCCAAUAGCAAACUUCUGGAGCGAGCGCAAGGCAUUUUAAUGAGGAACAAGAACUGCAAGCUGAAGCCCACUCUGCCCAAGCACUUACUAGAUGUGAAGUCUCUGCGCCACCUGAGCAGCGUGACGCUCCACGACCGCAUCACCAAGUCCUUGCUUCACCUGCACAAGAAGAAGAAACCGCCCAGCAUCAGCGCACAGUUCCAGGCUUCUCUCAGUAAGCUGAUGGAGACUCUCAACCAAUCAGAGCCGUACUUCGUCAAGUGCAUUCGCUCCAACGCUGAGAAGCUGCCUUUGCGAUUUAAUGACAGCUUGGUGCUCAGACAGCUUCGCUACACAGGCAUGCUGGAGACCGUCCGGAUCCGACAGUCGGGAUACAGCAUCAAGUACACCUUUCAGGAUUUUGUCUGCCACUUUCAUGUGCUGCUGCCUCGCGGUACGAGCUCCACCAAGUCAGGCAUCAGGGAGUUCUUCAGGCGGAUCCACCUCCUGCCCGCUGGGUACCAAGUAGGCAACACAAUGGUGUUCCUGCGGGAGGCGGAGCGUCAGCGUCUUCAGACCCUUCUCCACCAGGAAGUGCUGAGGCGCAUUGUCAUGCUUCAGCGCCGCGUUAGGGCGGUCUUGGAGAGGAGGCACUUUGUUGGAAUGAGGCUGGCUGCGUGCGUCAUCCAGCGGUGGUGGCGCUGCUGCCUUCUUAGGCAGUCCGCCCUGGACCUGAUGGUGGAGGAGCAAGCGGCCGUGUGCUUGCAGGCGGCCUGGAGGUGCUGCAGGCAGCGCCGGGUGUUCCUGCGGUGGCAGCAUGCGGCGACCGUGAUCCAGAGGAGCUGGAGGAUCUUCUGCCAUCGAAGGACCAGGGCCGUCAUCACGGUCCAGGCGGCCUGGAGGGGGUUCACAGGGAGGAGACGCUACUGUGCCAUACGCAGGACUGUGGCGCGGCUGCAGGCGAUGGCGAGAGGAUACUUGGCCCGGCUCAGGUUCCAAGAACUGAAGCAGCAAACCUCCAUUAUUCAUGACUUCACCUCAUCAGAACAGGAAAGUGUGCAGAUUCUCCCGGGAGAACCGACAGAAGAUUCUGCACUUUUUGCCGUCGAUGUUGGCAAAGACUCAGAUCCGAGCUGGGGUAUCGACGAGGCCAGUCACAAGACCCGAUCCAAGAGAGAGAGCAGGCGGAUGAGAGAACUGGAGCAGGCUCAGUUCAGCUUGGAACUUCUCAAAGUUCGCACCACCAGUGUGGAAACCCCUACUCAAGAAGAGGCGGGACCUCUGGAGGACCCUUGCAGACCUUCACCUCUCGGGUGUCUUGCUACACGUGAUACGUUGGAGCGGCUCUCUAUCGAGGAUAUGGAGACAGAAGGUUCAGCAGGUUUUGCACCUCAGGAACAAUCCUGGAUGGAUAGUCAAGCGCAAGAGCCAGUGAGGGAUUCCAACCAUAACGAAAAGCCCAAGGUGGACUCACCUUGCAGGACUGGGAGUCCAAGAGCAACUUUUUACUUCGCAUCUGAUCAAAGUCCAGUUCGAGAAGCAAAAUCUGAAAGCCCUAAUAAAUCUUACGAGAGAAGAGAGUCUGCAUCUCGAAGGCCUGUUGUGGUCUUGAUCAGUAUGCAGAAAGAGAGUCCUGUGGAAGAAGGAGCUCUGGUACCCCAAACUCCAGAAGAGGUGUCUCAACCAAAUUCCCCGUUGACCCACAUUUCAGGUUUGGACGUCAAAUCUUCGAUUGAACCACCUCCGUCCUCAAGGACUACACCGCCCCAGCGGGACAGUUUUGAGAAAGGAAAGUCUUCUCAGAUGACAUUUUCAGCCCCGCGUUCACCGAGUCCAGAAUUGCCUGGGCUUUGCCCCUCCGAGGUGGGCAUUCACAUCACCUUGGAGACAAAACCCAGUCUUCCUCCAAUUCUCACGGUUCAACAAGAGAGGAAUGCCGUGCCGCCCAGGCAGGCGGCUCAGAGCCCGGUCCUGGACACCAAACCACCCAAAGCCCAGAAGAAAAGUUCUGCGCAGACAGUGAUAGUAAACAUGACAGAGAAACCAUCAACCACCGUGUUCUCACCACCCAGACGCAAGUUGCCCUUUUCCAAGUCAGAUAAGGAUUUGGUCAACCAGGAAAGAUCCUUGUCCAUGUUCAGAGAUGAUCCCCAGUCUGCUGGAUCCAGAACCAGAGAGCAGGUGGGCCGCCCGGGCCCCAAAAAGAAAGCGCGCAUGUCCCGGACGCGCGCCGACUUCCUCACGCGCUGCAACUCUGAGAGAGCGACGCAGUCGGACGAUGACGACGACCAAUACUACGUCCCCGCCCACUCCCGCACGCUGUCCCCCUCCCUGUCGCCCUCACGCGCCCAACCCCCCGAGGCGGACUAUCAGAGUGACUCCGAGACGGAUCCUCACAAGGAUCAGAAGAAGAUCCAUAAAACAAUGUCGUCAGGUGACCUGGGCAAAGUGGAGGUGCUGAGGAAAACCUCCAGUCAGGAUGGAAGGAUGAGAGGGAAGAUGCGGUUCUGGAGUAAAACCAAACACAGCGAGAAAAAAGUCAUCCUGGACAAGGCGGCCAGCAGGGGGGAUGCUGGUGAGAUGCAUGAUGGCCCGUCUCCACCUCACAGUCCAGACCUGGAUGUCGUUCCUCCCGGGAGUGUGCGGGACAGUAAGGAGAACAAGGAGCCUUCUCCCAAGAUGAAACGACGGCGCAGCGUGAAGAUCAGCAGCAUUGCUCUGGAACCCACCCAGUGGCAGAACGAUGCACUGCACAUCCUCACCUCAGCCCAUGACUAUCGCACCAUGAAUGACUUCCUCCUCAAGAAGAUCGCUGACCUGGAGAGUGAAAACGGGAAGAAGGACACCAUGGUGGACGUGGUCUUCAAGAAAGCGCUGAAGGAGUUCAGGAUAAACAUCUUCAACUCGUACUCCACCGCCCUGGCUAUGGACGACGGGAAGAGUAUCCGUUACAAGGACCUCUACGCCCUGUUUGAGCACAUCCUGGAGAAGACCAUGCGGCUGGAGCAGCGGGACUGGAGCGAGUCGCCCGUGAAGGUGUGGGUGAACACCUUCAAGGUUUUCCUGGAUGAGUUCAUGACCGAGUACAAACCCAUGGAGGGAACCAUCGGCCGGGCUGCCAAGCGAGAACGCAAAAAGCCUCGCAAGAAGGAAACGGACAUUGUGGAGGAGCAUAACGGCCACAUAUUCAAGUCGACCCAGUACAGCAUCCCGACCUACUGCGAGUACUGCUCCUCCCUCAUCUGGAUGAUGGACCGAGCCUGCGUCUGCAAAUUGUGUCGCUACGCCUGUCACAGGAAGUGCUGCUCCAAGAUGGCCACCAAGUGCAGUAAAAAGUACGAUCCCGAGCUGUCGCCUCGUCAGUUCGCCGUGGAGCUUUCCAGGCUGACCAGCGAAGAGCGUGCUGUGCCCCAACUGGUGGAGAAGCUCAUCAACUACAUUGAGAUGCACGGCCUCUACACGGAGGGCAUCUACAGGAAGUCGGGCUCCACCAAUAAGAUCAAAGAACUUCGUCAAGGGCUGGACACAGAUGUGAGCAGUGUGAACUUGGAUGACUACAACAUCCACGUCAUCGCCAGUGUGCUCAAGCAGUGGCUCCGCGACCUCCCCAGCCCGCUUAUGACCUUUGAACUCUACAAGGAGUUCCUCAGAGCCAUGGGCCAAGUGGACAAGCGGGAGGUGAUCCGAGGCGUGUACUCGGUCAUCGAGCAGCUGAGCCGCACACACCUCAGCACGCUGGAGCGCCUCAUCUUCCACCUGGUCAGGAUCGCACUGCAGGAGGAGACUAACAGGAUGUCGGCCAACGCGCUCGCCAUCGUCUUCGCUCCCUGCGUCCUUCGCUGCCCCGACACCAUCGACCCUCUGCAGAGCGUCCAAGACAUCAGCAAGACCACUGCGUGCGUGGAGCUGAUCAUCAACGAGCAGAUGAGCAAGUACAAAGCUCGCCUGAAGGACAUCAACAGUUUAGAGUUUGCAGAGAGCAAAGCCAAGAGCCGACUGACGCACAUCCGGAGGUCCAUGAAACCUGUACUUAUUGCUGUUAGGUUUAUGAGCAUAACCCGCACUGCCACCCCGAGCAAGGGCCGGCUCCGCCAAAGCGCAGCCCACGCGCAGUCGUCGCCGACGCCGAGUCCAAAGGCGCUCCCCUUGGCCGAAGGAGAGAGCGCAGCAGGCGAGGAUCCUGCCGGGGCGGGGCUGAGCGAGCAGCAGCAGCUCGCCAUGCAGCAAGAGGAGCGGAUCCUCGCCGAGCAGAUAGAGAGUCUGCAGAAAGAAAAGGAGGAGCUCACGUACGAGAUGCUGAUCUUGGAGCCGCGAGCGUCAGAUGAUGAGAAUCUUGAAUCCGAAGCGUCCAUCGGUACGGCGGACAGCUCGGAGAACAUCACCAUGGAAACCGAGGGCGCCACCUCGGGGCCUUCCGAGUCCGACACGUGUCGCUCCAGAAAGUCUGAGGCGAAGAGCCGACGAGCUCUUCGCCGCCAGGCCGACUCGCAGGACUCCACGGACUCCGCCUCCACCGCGUCGUCCUCCUGUCUCCCCUCGCCGCCCCCCCACUACCGCUUCCGCUCCUCCUCGUCGGGGCCGUUGUUCGCCUCCCACAGCCUGGGGGCGGCGGCCGAGGCGGACGGCGACCAGCGGGCCUGCAAGAGCCGCCACCGACUCCGGCUGAGCCGCAGCUCGCCGCGGGAGCCCUCGGGCGGCCACCGGAUGGAGCCGGAGUUCGGCUCGGCGCCCCAGCAGCUGGUUCUGUACGGCAGCAACGAGUUCAUGGUGUGACGGCGGGGCCGAGUCAGGUAGACGGCGCCCCGGAUAGGUGGAGGGCGGGUUCUCGGCGCCAUUCGGUGGAGGCCAGUCACGGGGUGGCAUGCACCCCCUCCUCGGCACCCACGCCCCCUCCUUCCAAGCAAGCACUGAGCCAGAGCGGUGUUUGACCCCAACCCUCCCCCGCAAAGACCAAGACAGCUUGUGGGCGGGGUCACGAAGAAAUGUAGCCAUAACGUCUAAGCUAAGCUAUGCUAAGCUAGCCCGCUUGUCAGGUUUACACACCAGCAUGCUCGUCCUCGACACUUCCUGGUCCUGACCUGAUCAUUAUUGUUAUGAGGAUUAUGUUCCUGAGGAAUGGCAUGAACACAGGAAGUGUGUGAAGGGGGAUGGGGCCCCUCCUCCGCUUUUUUCCCAAAAUGUGUCAAAAUCAGGUUUAACUUUGGUUUUCCUUUUCUCCCCUCGCUCGGUUUCCAUUCCACGGAAUCUUUUGGCCCGUCCUCUCGUGCACUCUGGACGAGUCACAGCAGGAAGGAACCAACACAAAAAACAAAAAAAAACAUUUCCGCUCGAUCAGUGUUUGUUACCACAUCAGGACUUGAAGUUCCUUGUUGCGUUGUCGCGGUAAAUUGUGCGUUUCGGUGUAUUGUUGAUGUUGGAUUAACACGGUAUGUGUGCGGGCGCAGGUUUUUUUUCCAUUUGACUGCGUGAAUGAAGUAUCAGCUCUCUCUCACACACACACACACACACACACACACACACACAAACACACACGGGUUUACAGUCCGGGCAAAUGGCAACGAGGUCAUUGCAGAGAUUACACAGCAAACAGAUGUGCAGACUUUCAACUUGAUUUAUUUACCAGGGGCGUCCAAACAUUUUCCCUGGGGGUGGGCAUAAUAAAAAAAAUCUAAGAAUAGAGGGGGGCACCGUGGUAUUUUUACUUUUUUUUUUUAUUUUGUAAAAAGGCAAAAAAAUAUAUUUAUGCGUAUUUAAAAAGUUUUCAUUAGUACCUUUUUUUUCUCCAUAGUGCCUUUCUGCUGGGGUUAAUUUGACUUGUGCAAUGGACGUGAACGCACUUUGGACAUCCCCCCCCUCCCCCCAUGUAGGAAUCUCACAAAAAUACUCGGCCAAAUGGAAUAACAAAAUGAUGCUUGUUUUUCUUUCUUCGACAAAUGAGUCAUAUUUGAUGUUUUUCUGUCGCAAAGCUGAAAGUCUUCACAUCUUGAUUGUGUUAUUUCAGGCCGAGCCGAGUCUCUUUUUCCUCCCCUAACGACACUUGUAACACUUCUGGGUCAAAGUUCACGGCAUACACGUCGUCCAAAAUUACUUUUUUGGUUUCUUUUAUGAGCUCAACUUCAAAACGCUUCCACCCACUCCUGACUUUUUGUAGCAUUUAAGCAGAACCAAAAGCUGACCUUCCUAUUUUGUCAAAGGAGAAAGACCAAAAGAAAAAAAAAAAAGUGUGACUGGAAGGCAUGCUCUGCUUUCUCCUUUCGGUUCCUCUUUUCUACACCGUGUACGUAUGGAAGUACUGCUUUAUUUAUGGACAUGUAUACUGCAGUUCUGGCUUAUGGAGGAUACAUUAUCCUGUGUACGGUUCAUGGCCAGGAAAUGAAAAUAAAAUGGAAGAUAUAAAUACAA